GAGGUUCGCCCCGUGCUUCAGGAAGCAGAGCGAGACAUACGGCGAGAGCUCCGAGCCUGUUUCAAGGGUGUUCGCCGCGUGUUUCGGAAAGCAGCGCGUUGCGUGCGCCAAGAUCUAGAGGAGAUGCGCAAGGCAUGGAGAAGCGGUGCGCGCCAAGGCCUGCAAGACAGAAGAGAGCUGAUGCAAUGGCUCAGCCAGGCUUGCUGGGGCGCGUUCAGACCGGUCUUCCCAGUGCCAGCCCCUGAUAGAGGCCCGCAGGGCGCGAGGGCACAGCAACUCCCGCGCAUCCUACGGCGAAUCAGCCGUGCAGCAG